AUGAGUAAAGUCUCAUUUGAAAAGCUUUACAACAUCGUUAAAGGACAUUAUUUGUAUAAGUCAUCGCCAAAUGCUCCACAAACCAAUGUAAAGUUUCAGCUUACCAUUGUUUUUGAGCAGCUGGGAAGUGAUAGCAAUGCAGCAUCAUACAGCAGAAUUGCUAGAAGAUCUGAUAUAUCAACUUAUCAACAAAUGCGAUUGUACUCAAAACAAAUAGAGGGAAGUACAAGAAAUUUUCUCUUUCGUUUUUUCAGAGUCAUGAUGUCAAUAGAGCACAAAUCUGUGUACUGGCCUUCUGAAUUGAAGAAACAACAUAUCAUUGUUAUGUAUGAGCUUGGUGAUGAUAUGAUGAUAUCAUGUAAUGUCUGUUUCUCUACCAUUAUCUUCUAUGAUUUAGUUUUUAUGUUUUUAGUGUUAUUGACUAGAGUCUUAGUAUUUGUCUUAGACUCUGUGAUUUUGCAAAAGAAGUACCCAAACCAUUACUUGUGGAUAAGUGAAAUAUUUUCAACAAGCCUAUACCAAGAGUUUGAAGCACAACUUUCUGGUGCCAUUGGUGAAUCAACCAAGAAGUUUCAAGUGAGUGACUGUAUUCAAGUUGUUGCAUCAGAGAUAGCUGCUGCUAUAAGUGUAGGCCUAGAGACUAGAAAUGUACUAGUUGAAAUCUUUUUACAAGCUUUGUUUUGUCUAUGCAAUGAUCCUUCUCAAAUCCGAAAAUGCCUUGAAAAUGUCUUACAGACACAAUCUCCCACAUCCUCUGGCCACACUGCUCCUUCUGUUCCCUCCGUUACUUCUGCUUCCCUUGGUCCCUCAGUCCCGUCUGCCCCGUUUGCUCUCUCAAGCUUUACCCAAGUUACAAAUCCAGACAAUAAUGAAGAGAUACUACCAUAUUAUAAAAUGAGCCAAAAAAUUCUACCUGUAACAGAUAUGUGA